AGGAGAAAGAAUCUGCAAAGAUAAUUUCUAUGGUGGUCAGUGUGAUGUAUUUUGCAAACCUGAAGAGACAUUUGGAUGUGAUGAUAAAACGGGAAAUAAAAUGUGCCAUAUUAACUAUUAUGGGGACAAUUGUGCAGUAUUCUGUAUUCAAGGAGACGGAUAUUAUUGUGAUACACAAACAGGACGUAAGAUAUGUCGUUGGGGUUUCUAUGGAAUUGAGUGCGAUGUAUUCUGUGAAGAAGGGUCGACAUUUGUUUGUGAUCAACAAACUGGAGCAAGAAUAUGUUUUCCUGAUUACUAUGGACAAGAAUGUAGCACACAUUGUUCACCAAUCAACUCUACUGACAUUAGCUUCACAUGUAAUCCCAGAACUGGAGGAAAGAUAUGCGAGCCCGGUUUUGACGGACCGAAUUGUACAAUCGUUCUAUCGUCUAGCUCGCCAACUUUACCAAGUGUCCCGCCAAGUGCAUCUCAGUCAAUUAUCUCAACAACGUCGACAUCUAAAGUUUCUACAAAUUCUCCAACAUCAUAUACCUCACUCAAAACAACAUCUCGAUGGAAACCACGAUCAUCCAUGAUUUCACAAUUAGUGACAUUGCCACCGGAUGUAUCCUCUGCAGAACCAUCUGUAGCAGUUGUAACUGUACCAGAUAUGACCAGUCCUCCAUUACAGACCAGCACUGUAUAUUCUAAGCCUCCAGAAUGGGCCACAGGUACGAUUAUAUUGGAAGGUCGUGCAAGUAAGAAACAGGUCGACAAAGUGAAAUACACCAUUAUGAGAGUUAUUUCUGAUGAGCUAUCUUCUGAUGAUACCAGCGAAGUUUAUGUGGGUAUACUACCUAUUGAAACUGGUGUAAUGAACAGCGGUACAUUCUCAAAGACGUCAGUCUACGCCACAUUGGCUACAUACACCAAGGUGUCUUACUAUGUAAAGCUGAACGGAGAGUAUUUGGCUGCAGCACAUAUAGAGGAGAUUCUAUCAGAUAUGCCUCGAGAAAGACUAAAAGAGUUUCCCCUCCCCGUAUUCCGAAUAGGGACUAAAACAAUGAAGACAGGCAAAAAUAAACCCCAAAGCAGUAACCAUCUCGCUGCCAUUGUAGGCAUACUGGUAGGAUGCAUGGCUUUACUGGUGUGUGUUAUUGUAAUAGUUGCAGUCAUUUUAAAGAAAAGAAGGCACAACAAGGAACCACCGAUAGAUUAUGAUAUGCAGCAAUUUCCUAACCCGAUGUACGACGCAAUCAACAUCAAAGACCAUGGUACGGGAACAACCGUAAAACAUGGUCAGUCCAAUUGUAGCUCGCUAUAUGCAGUUGUUAGGCCUAAACCUCCGGAAGCUGACGUCGUUGAUACACCGGCGCCAGAUUACGACUACGAUGAGGUGGAAAACAUUCCCAUCUUUUACGCAAAGUACUCGGGAGAUAUGAAACUUGGAUCAGUAAGAAGCGUAUAUGAUGCAUAGGGCAUCUCUGAAUUUAUUAUACUGGGGUAUUGUAUUUACACUACAUUCUCUAUUUCAUAUUGGACAAACUGAAGUUGUUAAUGUUGUUGCCUUUCAUGGCUUUGAUGAAUUUAUGACUUCAUAGAUGUCAGGCUGAUUCAACAUCAGACAUGUAUAUUUCAAUGAUUUUUUUUUCUCUUUGUCUUUUGAAUGUUGGCCCGGUUAAUGAGGACAACAUUCUGCAAUAAGUGAUUUUAAACUUUAAAGAGUUAAAACUUAAACUGUGAUAACAAUGUUAAACUUAUAAAUCAAUAAUAACCUUAUUGCUGAUGAUGAGUUCGACAGUUACAAGACAAAUAUUCAAAUAAUCCACUAGCAAUAUAGCCCUUCGGACUUCGUGAAAUAUCAUUUGUGAAAGAUGAACAAGUAUUCAUCCAGAGAUAAAUAGUUGUAUAAUAUCCACAAAUCCUUUAUAGUAUAUUUUAUACUUGCUCUGUGGCGUGUUGUCAGAGUUAAUGUAUUAAUAAAGCAAAUCGAACACAUAACCACUCGUUAUUGAUGCUUUUAUCUUCUAGCUGACUACUUUCAUCCCAUUAAUUGCAUUUCAUUGUAAACCAAAAGUGAUUCAGAAUCCAGA